UCGAGCGAGUUCAUCCAUGUUGUUUUUGCGAAGUACUUCACUAUGAAAAACAAAUUAUUAUACCUCUCUACGUGACGAUCUCUGAAACGAUGACUCUUGUAUUUCUGGAACAGCUUCCGCUACCAUCUCUAAAGACCUAUGUAACUGUCAGCUUCCUUCUCGUCUUCUCGUCGCUUUUAUACGCAUUGAACAACGCUACGAUAUGGACGAAGCCAGACAACACAAACAACGGCAACGAGGCAAAAUCAAACGUAACUUUGUACGAUUUUAUGACCCUGGAUAAUUUCUGUUUUUGGUCCAACUUGAAUAUGGUAUACUGUUGCUUGUUUAUAUUUGGGAAAGUCAUACAGAGGAUUGUUUUCGGGGACCUAAGAGAAGCAGAGCUCCAGCAAAUCCAAGACAGAUUUUGGAACUUUGUCUUCUACAAGUUCAUAUUUAUUUUUGGCGUGCUCAAUGUUCAAAGAGUAGAUGAGGUCAUGUGGUGGACUGCAUGGUUCACUUUACUUGGGUUUUUUCAUCUCUUUACUCAGCUUUGCAAGAGCAGAUUUGAAUAUCUGUCCUUCUCUCCAACCACAACUUCUGCCACCCACAGCAAGAUUAUAGGCUUGUUGGUUGUCCUGUUAAUGUGUUGUAAUGGCCUGUUCUUCUUGUCGUUGUUUGUUGGAUGGCCUGAUGGAGUUCAUACCUUCACCUUUAUGGCAGCUGAAUGCAUAUUAUUGCUGAUAAAGAUUGUGCAUGUUGGUAUAAGAUACGGUAUCCAUCUGUGGGAUGUUGGUCAUGUUGGUACUUGGGAAGGACGUACAACAUGGUGCUACUACACAGAUCUUCUGCUUGAUAUUGCCAUGUAUGCUAUAGACCUUAUUCAUCACUUACAUAUGCUGCUGUGGUCCAACAUUUUCUUGAGUAUGGCAAGUCUUGUUCUGUGUAUGCAACUGCGGCACUUGUUUUAUGAAAUMAAAAAGAGGCUGGCAAGACACAGAAACUUUGUGCGAAUACUACAGUGUAUGGAGAAGAAGUUUCCUAUGGCCACAAGUCAAGAGCUUUUAGCCAAUAAUGAUGAUUGUGCAAUAUGCUGGGAUGCUAUGGAGGUUGCCAGAAAAUUACCCUGCGGACACCUCUUUCAUAGCACUUGUCUUCGUUCCUGGCUGGAAAAUGAUACAUCUUGUCCAACAUGUCGUCAGUCAUUGGCAGAUGAUCUCCAUCCUGAAAAUUCAGAACAAGAUGAGGACAGACAGCCACAAGGAAUGGCGGCAUUCAUGAUGGGAAGGGGCAUCAGAAGAAAUCACUUCUUUCACUUUGAUGGGAGUCAAAUUGCCAGUUGGUUUCCAAGCUUUUCUGUUGAAGUGGUCCACACUCAUACCAAUGAGCAUAUUGACCAGCAACUACCAGAAAGCAGGCUUGAACUAAUGGCACACCAAGUACAAGACCUAUUUCCACGUGUACCUUUUAACAUAAUCAUGGAUGACUUAAGACAAACUCAUUCAGUCGAACUCACUACAGAUAACUUCUUAGAAGGAAGGAUUGCUGUUCCUUCGGUUUGGACGCCACCAGAGCAGCAAACACAACCAGACCCUGAGUUAUUACCAAGAGCACCAUCACCAGAUCUCAAUCGACAGAACAACCAACACGUUUUUGUAGAAGAAAACUCUCAAGAAGAACACUUCAGUGACAAUGAAUCAAGUGAUGACAKAUCACAGCCGUUUUGUUCUUGUGAAGUUGCUGCUCCAGUAGAAACACAAAGAUCACAAGAUGUGGAACCAACAAAUGUUGAGCAGACAAUUACGAGUGCUGCAAGCGAAUCAUCAGAAUUUCACAUUUCAUCUGGAGAAAGAGAAAGUUCACUUCGAAGAAGAAAGGAGGCAUUCCUACAGAAUGCAAGAAAGAGAUACCUCGUAAAGGAAAGUUCAUCAUUGUCAUCAUCUUCUGAGAAUAUAACAAGAUGACUCCAGCCGAGCAGUGACAACUUUGAUCUAAAUCGAGGAACGAUGGUUGAAUCCAGUUAGCCAGUCAUCCAGACGAUUAUUCAGAUCCAGUCCACGUUGCUCCAAAAAUCCAUGAAGGAAUAUUAGUUGACAGACUGUAAUUUAAAUUCAUUGACAUAAAUUGAUGGUAAUAUUGUGGAACUGUGAUUUAGGAAGAACUACAAGGUGGCGCGGGAUUUGGUGGUGAUAGCUGUUAUCAUUGAUAGUGGUAUGUUGAUGGUAAUUUUGUGGAACUGUGGUUUAGGAAGAACUACAAGGUGGCGCGGGAUUUGGUGGUGAUAGCUGUUAUCAUUGAUAGUGGUAUGUUGAUGGUAAUUUUGUGGAACUGUGGUUUAGGAAGAACUACAAGGUGGCGCGGGAUUUGGUGGUGAUAGCUGUUAUCAUUGAUAGU